AUGAAAGCAGCAGUGGUUUCGUUAUUGCUUUCUGCAAUACUUCCACUCUAUGUUGAGGGGGCAACGGAACUCGAGGUCCACAGGCUCAGCGGCUUUACGUUAAAUGACAAAAGUUAUGGCUUCCCUGACGCAUUGUACUAUGGCAGAAUCGCUAACGUGCGCUCGCUAUACCGCGACUUAGCUUCACAAAGCACGGAAAUGACCGAUGCAGCGUUGGAGGAUGCUUUGGCGAAACGUAUGCAUAAGAAUGGUUAUACCCUGAUGUUCCGUCUUCAGGAUGUUCUACAAAACCGUCUGGAUUUCGCAUCGUUUCGUACUUUGCUGAAAUCUAGCGGCAGUACCGCCAUGCUCUUGAUCCCUCCGCCGUCGAACAUUUUACCCGGCUCACCGCAAGGUUGCACGGAGUCUCCAAUGCUGGAUUCCAUUUCAGGAGAAAACCUACCAGUUUGCAAGUACGACACUCCUUUAUUUCACCAAUCCACAAUGUCUGCUUUUCACGAGUUUCUGUUGAAUUGUGAUCCGAAGUCAUUACUGGCUGUAGUGGAGGAAGGUGAGGAUGCGUUGACUGUGAUGCGCGAGUACGCGUCCGGAGUUGCGCCACUAGGUGCCGUGAACCGGUACAGGAUCACUUCAUCCACUUAUAAGAGUGUGUCUAACUACAAAUCCUUAAACAUUUUUGGCACAUUGAGGAGCGCCCACAACGAGGGAGUUGGUGACAAUGCGGCGACUGACUCCAGCGGCAAUUCUUCCAAAGAGCAUGAUAACGAAGGCGCCCCGGUAAAGCCCAAAAUUGUGUUAUGCUCCCACUUCGAUACGUUUUCGCUGCUGCAGAGCUACCGCGCGGCAGCGUCAAACAACGCCGGUUUGAUUGCGCUGCUGGAGCUGGCGCAUUUGCUCGUAGGUUUGGAUCAUCACUCUUACGAGGUCGUGGUAUUGCUAACCAGUGGCUCCAUUUUGAACUUCCAGGGCGCGGCAACGUUCGCCAACUCCUACCCCAAUAUCACCAACGUGGAGCUGGUGCUUUGCCUUGAUGACCUGACUGGUCCGGAGCUUUACGUCCACACGUCAAGCAAGUCCACAGCCUUUUCCCAUUUCUUCCAAGAGCACCUAUCUCGCAGCGUGAGUGACACGAUUAAACGCGGCGUGAACACAAAGGCCAAGCUGCUGUCUUUCCAGCACGAACAAUUCAGCCGUCAGAAAGUACACUCCAUCACCCUGACAUCUGUGAAGGAUUCGGUUGCGCUCCCGCUUCGUCAGCGCUCGUUUGAAUACUCGUGUGAUGCGUCGGUGCUGGCCAACCACGUCAUUGCGAUCGCCCAGGCCUUGGCAUCGGCGUUGCACUGUGGCCCGCUCGCUGUGGAUGCAUCUGAAGUGCAAUCGCGCAUCACCUCGUGGGAAGCUAAACUUGGGAAUCCGCGUUGCGGCCUGACGCACGACCUGCAUAAAGACAAAGCAGUUGCCUCGAUUGUGGAUCAUUUGAGGCCGUUGCUGGAGACCAUUUCAACCCAGCAUGUUACCAGCAAGGUCGUUGAUUUCGGUUUUAACGCCAACAAACCCAUGAGGGUGGCCUUUUACCGUAACCGCACUACCGUGUAUCACGUGUGCGUCCUGCUUGCGUCGGUGGUCUACAUUUUCGUGAUGUGGUCGAUAAUCCGCGCCUCGCCCAAAGUGGCAUUCACUGACAUAAUGGAGACCAUUUACGGGGCAUCCCCUAGCAAGCAGCAGGACUCCCCGGACGCAAAGCCCAUCGGCCGCUCGCAGUCCAAGCACAAAAUAGUUUAA